UUUUGGAAGCCAGAGCUCAUCCAUCCAGACAGACAAAUCGCAAAAUAUUCCGAAUUGAUUGGUUUUCUCUUCCUCUCUACGGUUCAGCAAUGGCAAAAAAAGAAAUGGACGUUGUAAAGGGCUUGGAUUUGCAGAGAUACAUGGGACGGUGGUACGAGAUUGCUUCCUUUCCUUCAAGGUUCCAACCCAAGGACGGAAUCAACACGAGGGCUACUUAUACUCUCAACAGUGAUGUUACUGUUCAUGUCCUGAAUGAAACUUGGAGCGGUGGAAAGAGAGGGUACAUAGAGGGGACUGCUUAUAAGGCCGACCCCAAAAGUGAUGAGGCCAAGCUCAAAGUUAAAUUCUAUGUUCCUCCUUUCCUGCCUAUAAUUCCUGUUGUUGGGGAUUAUUGGGUUCUGUACAUUGAUGAUGAUUACCGGUAUGCGUUGAUUGGACAGCCCAGCAGGAAUUAUCUCUGGAUCUUAUGCAGGCAAAACCACUUGGAUGAAGAUAUCUACAAUCAGCUCCUCCAGAAAGCCAAAGAUGAAGGCUAUGAUGUAAGCAAAAUCCACAGGACAACUCACACUAACCCUCCACCGGAAGCAGAAAGCCCCAAUGACACCAAAGGCAUUUGGUGGAUCAAAUCCAUCUUUGGAAAAUAAGAAAAGAUACUAGUGAAGAAAGAAACAAGAGUAAAAGAACAAAAGCAUCAGAGGAAACCCAUAGGCGCUCUCGGGCCUUCUUUUUUUUCUUUUCUUUUUUCUCCAAAUCCUAUAAAGAUAGUUUGCUUGGAUGUAAAGUUGUUUAGUGUAAUUAAGCUGUCUAGUGUGAAUCCAUUUCCAUCUAGGUUUUGUUCAUUUGGUUUGCUGUGAAACUUUGUGGGUUUCUGGGUUUCUUUUUUUGGAACUUGGGCCAACCCAGCCCCAUAUUAGUGAGGAUAAGUCUUUAUUUGGAACUUUGGAUAAAUGUAGAUGUUUGGUUUGGAGUUUUCUAAUACAGUGUUUGCUUUCUUUUGGUAA